AUGAAGGCCAAUCGAUAUCCUGGCUCUAGACCGAAUACUCACCGAGGUGAGCAUUCCGCCCCACUAAAAUCGCUCACCUUGAUUUUUAUUUUUCCCCACCGGACCCAACAGUGUUCGACUCUCUCGCUCCAACUUCCUGCGCAACCACCAGAUUUUAUCUCAACGUCCCUCAAAAUGGCUCAAGGCACCGUCAAAAAGCUCGGACGAGCAACCCCGGCCAAGAUCACACACUCCAAGCGCCAAGCAUCGAAAGUGCAUAAACCCAAGAAGACAAAAGCGAGCGUCGACAAGGUGCACAAGAAAUUCACAAGCGGCAUGACGGCGCGCACAGAAGCGCUCCUUGGUGAGCGCGCAGGACAUCUGGAAUUGCUUGGACAGGGAAAGAAGAAGACGGAUAAAAAGACGACUCAAAAGGGCGGCUCGAAGAAAUUUGGUUAAGGAUUAUAUGAUGAUACAGAAGGCAGACGAUGAUCGAACUUUUUUAUGUCUAAACGAGUGACUGGGUUUCCCUCACAACUGCGCAUCAACGACAGCCUCUACAGACAGAUACGAUGAAAUACACGAUCUACCUCACUUAAAGGCGUUUUACGAUGGGAUACCUCCCAAGACUUUUCGAGCCUUUUACAAUUCGGAAUCCUAAAAUUCCUACCCGCCCAACUGCUCUUUGUUUUUGGAGGGUUGGAUUACGGAACCAGUCACCGUCACUUCUUUGCU